AUGAAGAUGCUGAUAUUCUCCCUUCUUCUCUACCAAAACUUUGCGCUAAAGCUGUCCUACGACAUAUCCGACGGUGCUAAAAGAAAUUCCUACCUAGGAAAUAUCGUCCAAGAUGGUCAAAUUCUUGAAGCUUCGUCGGAUGCUACAUUUUCGACUGUGCGCGGCGAGGAGUUAAUUUUUGUGGAGACGAAGACUGGAGAUAUAAGAACCAGUUCCGAUGUGGAUAGGGAAAAAUUGUGCAAAAAGAAGAAUAAUGUCUGUAUAAUUACAGCGGAAGUAAUCGUCACGCCUCAAGAAAUUUUCCAAUUGAUCACCCUUGAGCUUACCAUCCUGGACCUGAACGAUCACGCACCUCGAUUUCCGUCGCCCUCAUUAACCCUCAAAAUCGCGGAAGACGAAGCACCUGGCGCUGUUUUCCGACUUGAUAGUGCAGCUGAUGAGGAUUCGGACGAAUUCGGCAUUGAGGCGUAUUCGAUUGAGCCGAAGAAUGGACAGUGGGCGAAUUUCUUUGAGCUGUUUGUUGACGACUACGGAGGGAUUCUCGUCCCGAAACUCAAGCUCAUCAAUCCUCUUGACUAUGAAAAGCUCCAAAAACUAGAAUUUUCCCUCGUCGCUACGGACAAGGGCCUUACCCCGCUUUCUGGAUCUAUGGAAGUCUUUAUCGAAAUCGAAGACAUCAACGAUCAUUCUCCAAAAUUUUCUCAGCCGCGCUACAUUUUGAACAUUUCCGAAAUGAGUCACAAAGGCGACUUGAUCCUCCGCCUCAAAGCAACUGAUGGAGAUCGAUCAGUAGAAAACGGCAAGAUACAGUACGAGUACACGAAUCAGGUGCCCGAUUAUCUCAGAGACAUUUUCUUGUUGGACAAAUCUACUGGCUACGUAACAAUCGGUGCUGAGCAAUUAGUCGACUACGAAAUUUUCGACAAAGUUUUGCUGCAUGUCAAGGCCACAGAUGGCGAUAAAGAGGAUUACGCCACGAUCGAAGUAAACGUGCUCGAUGCGAACGACAACGCGCCACGGAUUGAUGUCAAAUUUGUCGACGGCGGCAGAUCGACCGUCAGAGAGGAUUUGGCUGUGGGCAGCUUUAUUGCUUUCGUCUCUGUUACUGAUGAUGAUCUUGGACCGGCUGGAGAGGUCAACCUUACACUUGAAAACGAGGAGGAUCAAGACUUCAAACUCGUUCCUGUUCAAGGCACAGUCGAUCGAUUCAUGCUCACAAUCGCCAAGCCUCUCGACCGUGAAAUCAAGGAAGAGUCCAUCCUUACCCUCAUUGCCCGCGACAACGGAACAACUCCCCAAGAAACCCUCAAAGCCGUCAAAAUCCGAAUCGAAGACGUAAAUGAUAAUGCUCCUUCUUUCAAACAUAAAAUCUACAAUGGCGAAGUCUUGGAAAACAACGAGAUCGGAGACACAAUCGUUCAAAUCACCGCUUUUGACCCAGAUCUUGGCGAGAAUGCUGAAAUCACCUACACAAUUGAAGACCACGAAGAUCUUUUUUUCAUCGACCCGGAAACUGCCGAUCUCAAAGCUCUCAUUUCAUUCGACGCGGAAGCCUACCCCGACCCUAUUUCCAUCACCAUCAUUGCAACCGACAAUGGGCUACCCCGACAAUCAGCAACAACCACCUUCAUUUUGCAGAUCAAAAAUAUCAACGACAACUCACCCGUAUUCAAAUAUCCCUCGACAACAGUCACGAUCAAGGAAAAUGAGCCAAUCGGCACUUUUAUUACCCAACUCGAAGCAACUGAUGCAGAUCUUGACGACACAAUCGUCUAUUCCUUCAAAACCCAGACCUCCUUUUUCUCUAUCAAUUCCAAAACUGGCACCAUAAAGACGCUCAAAUCCAUCGACAGAGAACACGACCAAGCUCGUUUUGACCUGGAAGUUUCCGCAUGUGAUUCGAACAAUCUAUUUGCGUUUUCCUCAGUGACAGUUCUUGUUGAAGACAUAAACGAUAAUGCUCCAAGGAUCAUCUGGCCAAUGUCAGAAACAGACGUCGUUCAAAUAAUGAGAAAUGAGAGCGCAAAAGAUGUGAUUAUUGGAACUAUCGAUGUCAAGGACUACGACUCUGGAAAUGCUGGAAAAGUCAAUUGUGCGCUUGAAAAGAAUCAUAAAUUUCUCUCCAUCUCUGAUUGCCGAGUUAUCCUCACCCGCGAUUUGACCCGAAACGACGAUGGGCUCCACAGCCUGAGAAUAAUUGCCAAAGAUAAUGGUGUUCCACAGCUUUCUACCUCAAAGCAAAUGAAUAUUUUCGUCACCAAUGAGCUUCUCAACGACACUGCACUAGAAGAAAUUAUGGGCGAGAUCCGAAUUGUGCCGGAAAAGCUGAUCAGUUUCAAUGGAGGAAGCAUCUUACUGUUGGCGUUUGGUGGAGCAGUCACUUUCGUGCUGUUGAUGAUUAUUGUUGCUUCGAUUGUUUGCGCUAGACAACAACGCGAAAAACAGCUUCAACUCUCCUCAACUCCGAAGAAAUCUCCAAGAACUCCUCCCCAGCACUCUCCCGCUCGAGAAUGGCGCAUGGACGUCAUGUGGGAAUCUCCUUCCCGCAGCGCUGGAAUUCCUCGAAGCCUUUGCGAGCCAAACAACGCGACUGACAGCCUCAGUUACGUCGACUCCGGCGCUGGCGAGUCCUUAUCCGAUCAUGUAAGCUCCAACGCUGCCCAACUGCUCGAAGAAGGACAGAUGGUGGAUUCAAACGGAUUGUACAAAGCUCCGUUGAUGAAAAAGCCGAGCUUCAAAACAUUCGUCGACGAAGUUGAAUCUGAUCGAAAAAGCAUCGAGCUUUUUGACGAAGACAACUAUGUUCCAAGCUAUUAUCAUUGA